AUGGCAGAAAUUGAACGCCCUUCCGCGACCAGAGCGGGUAUUGCACGAACAUCUCAGGCGUGUGAACGGUGCCGGAGUUUAAAAACGCGUUGUCUGCCGAGUGCAGAAGCGGAUAGAUGUCAAAGAUGUUGCUCAGCUGAUAAAGAGUGUGUUUGGGCGGAUGCACCGCGGCGCAUCCGUAAACUUCGCGCGCCCUCUCGCAUCGCGCAAGUCGAGCAAAAGAUCGACGGUCUGGUGGCCAAGCUUGUCAACGCAACCGACUUGCGCUCUGAGCCUCCCGUAGCAUCAGUGGAACAUCAGCCCGACCUUAGUCGGACUCCCGAGUAUGAGGCGCGACGGACGACGUGGGUGAAAGAGAACCACGCUGCCCCAGGAAGCUGGCUACCAGUCGCCUCUUUUGAGCCCGAGACACCAUCGACUCAGCAGAACAGCGACCAGGACCCAGGAUCUGCGGAAGCUGAUGCUCAGUACUUACAUGAGCUGCGCAAUGUCCACGCCUAUGGUGACCAUGAAGACGGUAAUACAGCACAUGCAGGCUUGUUUCAAGCUUCCAAAAGAAGGGAAGCGCCCAUUACAGAUGAACUCGUACAGCAGUUGCUGUCAACUCAUGCUGCUGAUGCUCUAGUGAACGAGUAUCGUCAGAUGUCUGUAUCGUUUCCAUUUGUUAUAAUACCGCCUAGAGUCUCUGCCCACGAUAUUCACGCAAGUAGGCCCAUGCUCUUCCUUGCUAUCAUGACUGUCGCUUCAUGGAGAGACACCACCCGUCAAAAGGCCCUCGAUCUCAUCUAUCGCCGGGAACUGGCAACCCGUACGAUGGUUUAUCCACGAAGAACAUUGGGAUUAGUGCAAGGUGUACUCGUCUAUUUAUCAUGGUAUCAUUUCGUGUUCAGUCAUAAGACCCAGCAAAUCUUCUUCCUUCACCACCUUGCCAUUGGACUUGCUCUCGACAUUGGGCUCCACCAAGAUUACCAGCCUUUGAACAUCGCAAAUCGGCCACCACCACCGCCACCACCCCCUGAGGAGCAACGCGAGCGACACCGAGCGUUUUUGGGGUGUUACUAUUUGGCGUCAAUGGUUGCAGCAGGUCUCCAGAAGCCCAACCUUCUUAAGCACACCCCACAAAUGACCGAAUGGGCUCAAAGUCUGAAGCAAGACAGAGAGUACGAAUCUGAUGAGACAAUCGGACUUCUCAUAGCUCUGCGACAGAUUGACGACCAGAUCCAGGACACUCUGUUCACAGGUAGUGCCCGUGAAACAAACUUGUCAGACCCUCGAACAUUGAUGCAUAUGCGGUUCAUGGCGGCCCAGUUGGAAACAUGGAAAAAGGAGAGUGCCAAUGCAGUGUCUCGCCGUGUACUUGGGCUAUCCUCUUCCUUCACGGAUAUGCUCCUACAUGGUGUAGCGCUACGUACGCAGCCAUAUGACCAAACAGCUAUCACUGACUCUGCGCAUCUCAGUGCUUUGCUUUCUGCUCUUGAGGCUGGGAAGCAAUUUCUCGACACACUGCUUACUUUUCCAGCCCAAGAAUAUCAUCUCAUAUCAUUCUGCGAGUGGAUGCGGCUACCGGUGGUCAUUAUGACUAUAGCCCGUCUGUGUAUGCCCUCAGAUGCACAUAUCGCUGCUGGAUGGGAUUAUAAGGCUGCCCAGGAUCGGACACGACUUGAUCUCUGUCUAGAAUCAAUCUGCUACCGCAUGCAAAGCUUGUCUACUUUCGAUAAGAGAACGCAGCCACAUACCGACUUUUGGCAUGUCAUGCGUUCCAUCAACGACUUAACCCGGACAUGGUAUUUGCGGAAGAUUAGACCAGCGGAAGAAACGUCGGCUCAUUCGACGCCUAGCAGUCUUGUUGGACGCACCGUCAGCGAAGCGUCGUGUCCGAGCAGCAGAAUUGUGCCCACACCUAUGUCACACCAGUCGGAGCAAGGAUAUAACUCGUUGGCCGGCAUCAAUUACAUGCAGGAAGUUGGCAUGGAAGUGCAGGUUGACUCGAGCGAUUGUCACGAUCCAUUCGCGGCGAUGAAGCAUGUCGACUUUGACAUGGAGCAAUUCUUUGAUAUGGGGAUUUGGAGCGAUCAGAGUUAUGUUGGAAUGGGCUAUGGUGACAGCGGGAUGACCUUUUGA